CUUGACGUAAUACGUCAAAGGAACCGCUAGCGGGAGAGAGGAGCUGGUUGUAGGUUCGGCGUUUGAGGCGGCAAGAUGAGUAAAGCGCACCCGCCGGAGCUGAAAAAAUUUAUGGACAAGAAGCUGUCAUUGAAGUUGAAUGGUGGUCGACAUGUCCAAGGAAUACUAAGAGGUUUUGAUCCAUUUAUGAAUCUUGUAAUAGAUGAGUGUGUAGAAAUGGCACCAGGUGGACAACAGAACAACAUUGGUAUGGUGGUGAUUCGAGGAAACAGCAUCAUUAUGUUGGAAGCCUUGGAACGAGUAUAAAUUAACCAGUGUAGCCUGCAGUGGCAUUUUUAUAGUUUUGUGGAUUUCUUGUAACAUUCUUUUUUUAAAAAAUAAAUUUUUAAAAUGGA